AUGCCGCUGAGAGAUGGUGAUCGCCCUCCUUGCGCCGCCUGCCGCCACAGACACGUCCGCUGUACGAUCGACUGUCCACUGGCGCCAUAUUUCCCGGCGAACGAACCCGAGGUCUUCCAAAACGUCCUCCACCUUUACGGCAUCGCAAACGUCACGAAAAUACUAAACCAGCUGAAUGACAAUGUAGAGAAAGAAGAAGCGAUUAUAUCGAUUAAAUACGAAUCUAACAUCCGAAAGAUUAACCCAGUUCACGGAUGUUACGGAUUAACAGUUUCAUUGCUACAAAACCUGAAUGCCUUGACGAGUGAGCUUCAACGCGUUCGUCUUUCGCUUGAAUCGCAUCGAAGAAACAACAUCAACAAUCAGCAGUUGCAGAUCAUACACGAUAAUUCUCAAAUCAUGCCUUCAUUCACAGGUCUUCCAGUUAACAACCAGAUAAUUAACGAUCAAAGUGUUGAUGGAUUGAGUAAUAUCCCGAAUGAUCAGUAUAAUCAAGGGUUUCACUUCGGUGGGCCAAGUGAUCGUAAUGCUAUUAAUGAAGUACUCGCGAGCAGAACAAUGGAACCGCCAUUUGAGGAUUUGGGAGAUCAAGAUGAUAACGAAGAAUGA